AUGUCUGAACGAGGCUCGUUCCGCGGCGGUCGUGGUGGUGGCCGUGGCGGUCGCCAGCAGCAGAAAACUGGCGGUGCUGCCGCCCAGCAAGAGAAGCCUAAGAAGGAGAAUAUCCUUGACUUGGGCAAGUACAUGGACAAGGAGGUCCAAGUCAAGUUCAAUGGUGGUCGUGAAGUCACCGGUACCCUCAAGGGCUAUGACCAGCUUAUGAAUCUCGUCUUGGAUGAUGUCAAGGAGACUAUGCGCGACGAUGCGGGUAACCAAACCACUCGCUCCCUGGGCCUGAUCGUUGCCCGCGGCACACUCAUCGUGCUCAUUUCGCCCGCCGACGGCAGCGGGGAGAUCGCCAACCCUUUCGUGCAACCCGAGGAGUAA